CUCCCUCCAUCUCUGAUGGCUCUAUGGGGCGUCAUCAGCCUCAGCCUUCACUGCUGGGUGUGUUUACGAACCACUGUAACGGCGGCGGCAGCGGCAACAGCCAGCCUUCCCAAUGACAAGCCUGGGGGCCCCCUGGACUGGCUCCUGUCUGAUAAGGGCCCCUUCCACCACUCCCCGGAGUACAUUGACUUUGUGGAGAAGAACCGGCAAGGCUUCUCCACCAGAUACAAGAUUUAUAGGGAGUUUGGGAGAUGGAAGGUGAACAACUUGGCUGUGGAAAGAAGAGAUUUUUUGGAGUCUCCAUUACCUCUGACGCCUGAGUUCAUCAGGAACAUUCGACUCCUGGGCCGAAGGCCCACCACCCACAUGAUCACUGACAACCUGAUCAGGAAGUAUGGGACUCACUUCCUGUUGUCAGCUACACUGGGAGACAAAACAAAAAUUGCAGCUACAUCUAAGCAAGUGACAGAGACCCGCACAGGUCCUCUCGGAUGCAGUAACUAUGACAACCUUGACUCUGUUAGCUCUGUGCUGGUUCAGAGCCCUGAAAAUAAAGUCCAGCUGCAAGGCUUGCAAGUGAUCCUUCCAGACUACUUGAGGGAGAGCUUUGUGCAGGCUGCUCUCAGCUACAUAGCCUGCAAUGGAGAGGGCGAAUUUGUCUGCAAGGACAACGACUGCUGGUGCAACUGUGACCCCAAGUUCUCGGAGUGCAACUGCCCCUAUAUGGACAUCCACACCAUGGAGGAGAGCCUGGAGCGGAUCACAGAGACAUGGGGGAUGCUCUACAAAGAAUUUGAGGAGUCAGAUGAAUUCAAGGCGUUCUAUGCGAGGCUGCCCCACAACUAUUUCCUCAAUGUGUCAAGCAUCCAACACUUGUGGUCCCUGGAUAGCUUGUUUCAGUGGCGAUAUGAGCAGCUGGAGAGCAGCAUGCUGGUCCUCUCCAGACGAGCCCAGAGGGUCAUCUUCAAGCUCUUCAGUCUCAGUAAAAGAUGUCACCAACAGCCCCAAGUCCAACUUCCAAGAGAACGGCGUCAGUCCUACUGGCUGAGUCAUUUCCAGUCGCUCCUGUAUUGCUCAGAGAACAACCAGCUUGGUGCAUUCUCUGAGGAGCUUCACAGCUGCAGCUGCCGAUAUGAACACAGCCCUUGUCAGCUGCCUCCACCCUGCACUGUUGGGGAAGGCUCGGCCUGUGCAGCGUGCGCACCAGACAACCACACCCGCUGUGGGAGCUGCAACCUGGGCUUUGCCCUGACGCAAGGGGCCUGCAGGCCCAUGGUGGCGGACUCUACGGAGAACUACUUGGGAUUCGAGACGGACCUCCAGGAUUUGGAGCUGGGCUACCUACUGCAGAGAGCUGACCGUAGGCUAGAGGUCCAUGCCAUCUUCAUCAGCAACGACAUGAGGCUCAACAGCUGGUUUGACCCAUCGUGGAGAAAGAGGAUGUUGCUGACGCUAAAGAGCAACAAGUACAAGUCCAACAUGGUCCACAUGCUUCUGGGAAUAUCCCUCCAGAUCUGCCUUACAAAGAACAGCACCCUGGAGCCUGUCCUUACUCUCUACAUCAACCCCUUUGGAGGGAGUCAUUCAGAGAGCUGGUACAUCCCUGUCAAUGAGAACAGUUUUCCAGACUGGCAGGCCACCAAGCUGGACCUACCCUUUGAGUGCUAUAACUGGACUCUGACACUGGGCAACAAAUGGAAGACGUUCUUUGAAACCAUUCAUAUCUACCUUCGGAGCAGAAUAAAGACUCAAGAUGGAGUGAAUGACAGUGUUUAUUACGAGCCAUUAGAAAUGACAGAUCCUGCUCGGAAUCUGGGCUACAUGAAGAUUAACAGCAUCCAGGUCUUUGGCUACAGUAUGCACUUUGACCCUGAAGCGAUCCGCGACUUGAUUCUACAGUUGGACUACCCAUACACCCAAGGUUCCCAGGACACCGCCAUGCUUCAGCUCCUGGAGAUACGAGACAGAGUGAACCGGCUGUCCCCUCCGGGUCAACAGAGGUUGGACCUGUUUGCCUGUCUUCUUCGGCACCGACUCAAACUGACUGCCAGCGAGGUGGUUCGCAUUCAUGCCUCCUUACAGGCCUUCAGCUCACGUCUGCCCAAUUCGAUGGAUUACGAGACCACCAAGCUGUGCAGUUAACAGCUGCUUGAAGGGAGAUCUGGACUGUAAAUUGCCUCAAGGAGACCUCCUGGACAUCAGAUUUGUGCCCGUUGUGGUUUAAAGUUGUGCUCUGUCUCCACGGAUUACCAAACUGUUUGGUUAAUGAGGAGAGGACCAGCUGUGGACAGCUGAAGAAUGUACUCAUCUGGUUGUUUUGGUUUUUGUUUUGUGGCAACUAACUUCAGUGCUAUAUUAUAAAAAAUGAGGUGGAUCAGCAAGAAAAUGCACAACUGUUUCUCAAGAACAAACUCUAACAAAAGAAUUCUACCGUAGAAAUUCAGAUACCGCUACAUAAAGUCGAACCAUCCUGUUUCAAUAUGAUUCUGCUCAUUUAUACUGUAAGUACCAAUGCCAAAUCAAUGGACAUUUUAUGGUCAAAAUGGUACAGUCUGUUUGUUUGUAAUUUUUAUAUGUUCUUUUGCUUCAGUGACAGUGCACUUUCCAUG